AUGACACUGCUGGCCUCCGAGAGGUCGCUCCUCAUCCGGAACAAGUUCCGCUCAGUCCUGCAGUUAAGGAUUCAGAACCGAAGGCAGAGUGAAAUCAAUGCAGACCCUGGGCUGAAAUCUACUUGUCCCCCUCAAAAAGCGGAGACAGACCAGAGCGAAGCUCUGCGUCUAACCGACGAUGGUGCCGCUCAGAAGCUGCCCCCUAGUGGUCUGAACACUGAAACUGCACAAGAGAGGACUGUGUGUGGGGCCCAGAGGCAGAAGAAGGCUCGCCAGGCACAGGACCUCACUGAGAGGAUCCAACGUCCGCCUGGACCUGCAGAGCAACAGCACGAACACACGCUGCCCCUGGAGAACCCCUCAGGUCCUGCUUCUUUCCCUCUGUCAGCUGAUGUCUUCGAAGAUGACAUCUCCUCCUCCUCCUCCUCCUCCUCGCCCACUGAGCAAAGCGGUGUUCACCAAUCACCAGCCUUUUCUUCAUUGCCAGGGCUCUCAGGUGACCAAUUACUGAGUGACUUCUCAGCUGUGGGCCCGCCCCUUAAUAACCACAGCCCCGGUCAUGCUCAGUCUGGUUUGGCGUUGCUCCCGGCAACCGAGGGCAUCAGACCACCGAUGAGUGUAACACUGGGUGAAUCAAACUCCAUGGCAACAACUGGGAGACCAAAUGGGAUUUAUCUGACCUCUCAGACCACACCCCUGCUGCCAAAGACAGCUCGGCCGGCCAGCCCCACCUCCUCCUCCUCCCUGCCCACCGCCCUCAACUUCAACCACCCCCCUCGCCCGCGGAAACCGCGGGACACCAAACCCAAAAUGAGGAAACUCCAGUAUCACCAGUACAUUCCUCCAGACCAGAGAGGAGGGUCUGGAGCUGGAGGGGGAAGAGCCAAACAGAAGAGCCCUACCCCUACCCAGCCUUUAGACCCAGCUUAUUCCCAUCUCCUGAAGCAGCAGCAGGUCUUCCUCCAGCUGCAAAUCCUCCAGAACCAGCAGCAGCAGCAGCAGCAGCUACAGCCACAACCACAACUCACUGUUGUGCCCAGUGGAGAUCACAGCGAUCUUGUGAAGUCCUCUGGAGCCAUGCCCCUGAAUCCCCAACCAGUUCCCGCCACAACCAACCACACCCCUCUAGACACAAACCCUGCACCCAAGCCUGAGCUCCUCCCUGCAAAUCUCGUCGAUCUAACGGUGUCCGAGUUGCGGCAGCAGCUGCGUAAGCGUGGCCUCCCUGUCUCCGGCACCAAACCUGCUCUGUUGCAGCGUCUCCGCCCCUUCCAGCAUCCCCACUCUGGCCUCACCCCUGCUCCCCUCUGCCAGCUGGGUACCAGCCUGGAGCCCCUCACCCCAUGUCCCGCGCUGCCACCCAGUCAGAGCCCCGGCUCAAGCUCCAGCUCGGGACUAGACUCGCCCAGCAGCAGCCCGAACCAACAGAUGUACAUCCCGGAUAGGGGAAUUCCUAAUGGGAUUCUCAGUGACGCUCCAAACGGUGUUCCGAAUGGUUUCUCGAAUGCUGCGUCAGUCAGUUUGGCAGGUGAAGCGUGUGGUCUUACCAACGCUGUCUUCCUGGCCCCUGCUAGCACUGCCUCAGGAACCCCAAGUCCCAGCCUACCCAUGUCGUCCUCCUCGCCCCUGCAGUGCGGGACUCCCUGGAGAAGCCCAGGGACCGCUCCACUAACCCUUGAGGAAGAACUGCAGGAGGCUAUCCAGAAAGCACAGAUGGACCCUCGGCAGUCCAUAGACGACAUUUUGGAUGAGCCUAUGACUUGUGUUGGCUCUGUCAGUGUCUCCGAUCAUAAAUCCCCUGCCCACUCAGUCCUCGGCCUGUCGCCUCCUCCCCCUCAAGCCGAUCCGUCCCAGGCCUCCCAGCAGCACAACAAGGAUGACAACUUCCUGCCCUCGCCUCUUUGCUCCUCUCUUUUGCUGGAGCUCCCUCCAUCCCCUGCUGUGAUAAACCCCAGCCAGGUGAUCCCUGCUCCUCCACCACCUCCCAUCUGCACCUCCCCUCUGCCGUCUACCGGGAAGUCACGGAAGCGACGGGCUCCGACGCUGUUUGACGCUGCUGACUGGCUCGAAACACUGACGUCUGGCCUCCGCCCUCUAUCUCCACCGACGGCUCCUUUUGUUGAGUCAGACUUCAGUCUGGAUUCAGAUCUGAACGUCGGUCGAGUGUUGGAUCUAAUGAUAGAGCAGUGGUGA